CUCCCAAUUAACAACCUACAGAUCAGAGCAAUGGGGAGAGCACCAGUUGACAAGAGUGGACUGAAGAAAGGUCCAUGGACUCCAGAAGAAGAUCAAAAACUCAUUCACUAUAUUCAAGCUCAUGGACCUGGCAACUGGGGAGCCCUACCCAAGAAUGCUGGGCUUCAGAGAUGUGGGAAGAGCUGUCGUCUUAGGUGGUCCAAUUAUCUGAGACCUGAUAUUAAGAGAGGAAGGUUUUCUUUUGACGAAGAAGAAACUAUCAUCCAGCUUCACAGUGUUCUUGGAAACAAGUGGUCGGCCAUAGCGGCUCGCUUGCCGGGAAGAACUGACAACGAAAUCAAGAACUACUGGAACACUCACAUAAGGAAAAGGCUUCUCCGGAUGGGCAUUGAUCCCGUGACUCAUACCCCCCGCCUGGAUCUGUUAGACCUUUCUUCAAUUCUGGGUUCUACUCAUCAGCUAAACUUUCCCAGCUUGCUUGGGUUACAAGCAAUCCUAAAUCCCGAGCUUCUACGACUUGCAGCAACUAAUCUUUUCACAUCACAAAACGAUAAUAUUAAUCCAGACCUUUUGUCAAACCCCCAUCUUCAAAAUCCUCAGACGAUGUUGUUAAGAAAACUUCAAGAAAGUCAACUGUUGAUGAAUGCCCCAAACUUCCAGGCUAACAGUGAUCAUCAUCAUCAGUUCCAACAUCCACUCCCACCUUGUACGACAUCAGAUAAUAAUGUUUCCUCCGCAUGUUCUGAUCUUCCCAUGCAGCCGUACAGUACGAUGAACUCGUCGUCGAAUCUGCAGAACGGACACGUGUUUCAAGAAAGCUUGGUGGCCGCAAAUGGAGGAAGCCUUCUUCAAACCUUAGAAAACUAUGGCGGCGGCUGUUUUGAAUCCAAUCAAUCGCUGAGCAACAGCAGCAACCAAAGCGGACUCGAGAAUUUCAGCUUCGAUUCCGUGCUGUCCACGCCUCUGAAUUCGUCGUCCACGUUGGUGAACAGCGGCGGCGCUAACACUACUGAAGAUGAAAAGGAGAGCUUUUGCAGUAAUCUAAUGAGAUUCGACAUUCCAGACAGCCUUGACUUUGAAGAUCUUCUGUAAAUAUUUCUCCAGAACACUUCAAUAAUUCCUAGUAUGGGAUGCUUUAAUUUUUUAGUGUCUGUAUUUCAUUCGUUCUUGUUUUUUGGUUUUUUUUACAUUGUUAGGUAACAUUGAAUGGCGCCAUUGUUAUGUUUUUGUGUGGACCAUUCAAAGUCAUUAGCACUUUAAUUCUUAGCUAGCUAGCUAGGUUUCUGGUGUUACUGCAUACUUCAUAGGUGUACUCAUUUGUCCUAAUUACUUCAUUAUCUUAAUUACAUUUCUUGUAAUUUGAGUUCUUUA